GGAGAGCAAAGCCACACAGAGCUACCUACUCCUGCCUCUUCCCUCCCUCCACUUCCCUGUGCCUUCCGACAGAAGGUGCCCCGGGGGACCGCCCCUUACUGGAGAUAGAAAAACAGCGGCUUUGGUCCAGAGGAGCGGGCUGAGGGCUCCCAUUCCCAAUCGCAGAAAACAGACAUCUAGCCUGCCCACCAGGCGGACAGGGAGCAGGGUGCCUAGGGCAAGGGCCAGGAUACGGUGCACGGACAGGCGCGCAGACAGGCAUACACGUGCACCCCCAGGCGUGCACAGCCGCAGCUUCCUUGGCAGCACCCUCCCUCCCCCAGCCCAGACUCCUGCCUUACCUGCCUGAGGACUGAGGGUCUGCGUCCACGCUGCUGCCCCUAGCUGCCCCAUCCACGUCGCUGGGCUCUCUGUGGGAGCAAGAGUAGGCAGGAAGAGCUGUGGCUGUGCCCAGUCCCUCCCUGUCCCUCCACAGGUCCCGGCCGUAUUGGGCUAUGGGACUGGAGGCUGCAACUAGAGCCUUUGAAGCUGUAAGUUCCCCUGCUCUGAGACUGAGCUCUCAAGGGUUCCUCAAAAUGCCCUCCCAGCCCCCCUGAAGGUCCAGGCAGCCUCUGCCCACCUUCAGCUUGGUGGCAGCCCAGCCCCAUGGUUCCCCCCAACCACCACCAACCGCCAGCCAUAGCCCGGUCAGUUUCUCACGGUUGGACUCGGUUGGCAAAUCGGCGGCGCCAGAGCAUGGCCAGGGUGCUGAGCAGGAAAAGGGUGGUGCACAUGGCGCAGCUGCCCCAUCCCCUCCCAGACCAAGUCUGCAGAAGGCCACAGGCGAGGGGCCAAAAUGGCCCCAGCCAGCUCUCAGGAGCCACUGCCGUCUGUCCUGCGGUUCCUGCUGGGGAUGGAUUAGGAGGCUCAAGCUGAUUAGUGGGUCAGCGGCCGCGACCUUGUGAGGACUGAUUAAGCUCGCUGGGCCCAGGUUCUCCCCUCCAGCGGUAGGGUCAAGGCGUGGAGUGUGGCAUUGAGCACGUAUUCGGAGUGUCAAUCUGAUGAGACUGGGCCUUGCUUGCAAGGAGCUGCCAGUCUAGACAAAUGUGCUGUCAAGUACAAUGACUGCAGUAGAGUGACCCAGGAGUUAUUCAAGGCGCCUACAGGGCACUUUCAGAGUUGCAGGCAUCAGGGCAAGGGCCUAAAGAGGAGCAAGGGCAUCUGAAUUUGCAGUGCGCAAGGCAGAGAAGCCCUCAGACAGAAGAUGCUGCCGAAGCUACUGACAUGAAAGCAUGGAGCAUCUGCCAGUAACUGCAAGGUGAGUGGAGGUGAAGCAAUGAUGUCACCGUGGAAGCAUCAGGAGAGGAGGAAGAAAGGGGAGGGAUAUUCGAGAAUGAAGCCAGAGAGAUAGGGGAGACUCAACAGUGAAGGGCUGGCAGUUUUACCCUCUGGACAAUCCUCUCCAAACUUUGCUGAUUACACACCCUCUUCAGUAAAAGGCAGGAUUCAAGUGUGCAUUCACAAAAUAGAUAGGGGCAGCCACUUACAAAUUAUAGGCUAGACUACUCUACAGAUUCAUUCCUACAUCAUAUGACUACAUUACAUUUGCAAAGGAUGAGAUAUAAAAUUUCUCCUAUUUUCUUUCCACAUCCCAAGGGGACCUGUUGGGCAGCCACUUGGUCACACCAACUUUGGGAAACUGUUGGGUGUGUAUGCGGAGCAUGGAGCCAGUCAUGGCCAUGCUGAGACAUGGGUCUGGGAGUGAUGUGAGAAUCUGAACCUGCCCACUCCCCUCCACCCCCUCCAAGACCCCCAGGAGCCAUUAGAUUUUCCUUCCCUCAGCAAGGGGGAAGCAGUGUCAGAGGCACUGCCCCAAGGUCCCCCAGGCACCUGAACCCUGAGCUCCCAGGAAGGGCCCAGGCUGCAGCUGAGGCUGGCCAGGGUGAGUCCUCCUUGCCUCCCCCGGACCUUAAAGUCAGAUUUUAAGAAUAAAUACACGAACCAUAGCGAAAGCGCAGAGCCAACCCUUAGCAAUGCUCGGGCAAUGGGACAUCAAGUCUUGAGUGAGGACAAUGGUCACCGGGAGCCUGAGUGACAUCUCUUCCUGACACUGCCAGGCCCUGUCUGGCCUCAGGCUGUCCACAGGACUGAGCAGCCGCUGCAGGGCAGGCACUAUGGGAUUCUCCCCCACCUCUGGCCCAAUCUCACACUGCCCUGGACAGGGCCCACCAGGAGGAAGGAUUUGCUUCCCCUAGGCCCAGAAUCGGGCCCUUGGUGGUGGCUGAGGUGUCCCCAGCGGCCUGCGGCUUCCUCAAGACUUUUCGACCGCCAGGUCCCCUCUGCCCUAUCCGGUGCCUCUCCAGACUUCCUCCGCCACCAGCUGGGCCAGAAUUCAGGGCAGCGCCUGGUUCUUGCCUGUCCGUGUCAUUCAUAAGCCACGGGGGACUUCUGGCCGCCGCUGCCGCGUGCGUGCACCAAGGGCAUGGAGGUGCUGGGGGGUAGGAAAGGGAGAGCAGGCCUCUGGCGCCCGAGGUCGGAGGUGCGCUCAAGUUCCGACAGCCGGGGCGGUGGGCGGGUGGGGGGAACGACCCGUGCUAACCCCUCAGAGCCUGGGCGUCCAGAGGUGUGGGAGUGGCGCCGCGGCCCCCAGCUGCUGGCUCGGGGGCUGGGGGAGAGGCCCGGGCGAGGGGAGCCCAGCUUGGUCCGCGGCGGCUGCCGGAGGGGCUCGCGUUCGCCCACACGGGCGGGCUGGCGGUCGGCCUUGCCGCGAAAGCUCGGGAGUGUUGGACUUUAAGUCAGUUCCCCGCCGCAGGAAGGGUCUGCACGCGCACACACGCGACGCCGCAAGCACUGGGACCCGGGACCCAGGGCUCCCAGCUCGCGCCCGCCCAGGCGCACUCCUGUGCGGCCCGCGCCGCCCAGCGCCGCGUGACCGCCCAUUCCUCCGGGGACCCCCAGCGCCCCGGCCACACCUACCCGAGCCCCGCCCCGCGGUGCAACUCUGCCGUGGCCUGCGGGUGGGCGGGCGGCAGUCGCGUCGUCCCCACCCCGCGCAGCCUUCACCUUGCCGGCAUUGGCUCACGCACACGGGGCUGGGGGUUUGGAGCGGAUUUGUUUUUUUAAACAUUUUCCAGCAGACCACAUCCCCGCCCCCCCGCUGGCGGUCCCCCGCCCCCCGCACAUAUACCCUGCACACACGCACGCACACACACACACACACCCGGCGCGCACAGACACACGCUCCCUCCCUCCGCGCUCUACCCCUCGCCCGCCCGCCGCGCACGCAGCCGGCCCCGGCUCCUGGCGCCCCGCGCCCCGCGCCCAGCGCCCCGCGCCCCGCCACCGCUGCCGCCGAGCAAAGCCGGGCUGGGCUUGGAGCUCCUCAUGGAGAAAGUGCCAGGCGAGAUGGAGAUCGAGCGCAGGGAGAGGAGCGAGGAGCUGUCCGAGGCGGAGAGGAAGGCGGUGCAGGCUACGUGGGCCCGGCUCUAUGCCAACUGCGAGGACGUGGGGGUGGCCAUCCUGGUGAGGUUCUUUGUGAACUUCCCCUCGGCCAAGCAGUACUUCAGCCAGUUCAAGCACAUGGAGGAACCCCUGGAGAUGGAGCGGAGCCCCCAGCUGCGGAAGCACGCCUGCCGAGUCAUGGGGGCCCUCAACACUGUCGUGGAGAACCUGCACGACCCCGACAAGGUGUCCUCUGUGCUGGCCCUUGUGGGGAAAGCCCAUGCCCUCAAGCACAAGGUGGAGCCAGUGUACUUCAAGAUCCUCUCUGGGGUCAUUCUGGAGGUGGUCGCCGAAGAAUUUGCCAAUGACUUCCCACCUGAGACGCAGAGAGCCUGGGCCAAGCUGCGUGGCCUCAUCUACAGCCACGUGACCGCUGCCUACAAGGAAGUGGGCUGGGUGCAGCAGGUCCCCAACGCCACCACCCCACCGGCCACGCUGCCCUCUUCGGGGCCGUAGGACCCCUCCCUCCACCCCCUUCCCUGGCAGCACCUUGAGCAGAAGGCCGAGUUCUGAAGACCCUCCUUGAUGCUCCAUUUCUGGGUGCCAAGGAAGCUGGAGGAAUCCCUGACUCAACUUCCCCGAAGGAGGCCUCUGUGGUGGCCACGGUCCCCCCCGCCUGGAGCUGCCGGGAGGCGGCGCUGGCUGCCUGGAUGCUGACCCCAGCGCGGCGGGCAGGGUGGGGGACCCUUCCUCCUCGCAGAGCGGGGCCCACUCUUCUUAGCUUUUCUACUCACUGUUAGAGAGACCUAGCUAAGCGGCUGGCGGGAAGCGGGACAGGUCUGGGAGUCCCUUGGGGAAUAAACCAGCCCCGUUUCUAUCAGCCCAGCCGGCAUGCAGGUCUGCACAUCACCAUGUAGAGUAUCACGCACACAUCUACCAUAUAUACAGAUAUAUUCUAUAUACGAGCUAUAUAUAAAUAUAUAUAUACACAUAUAUAUACACACACGUACAUAUCUAGACUGUGUAUCCACGGGGCCCAGAAGCCUCGGUUUGGCCCCACCUGUGAGUGGGGCAGGGAGCGGUUCCGGUUGUGCAGAGAACAGAGUGUUCUGGCAAAGAGGAAAUCCCGCAGCGGCGCAGAGGACCUGGGCCUGGAGGGGCAGGGCUGGGGCAACCCGGCUUGGCGGCAAAGCCCAGCGCUUCUCAGACCAGCUCCCCACAUUCCUGAAUUCCACUUCCAGGCAGAAAGGAGUGGGCUCCCCCUACUCCCCUCAGAGGAACUGACUCACUGACUGCCCUAGAAUGGGCAAGGGCAGAGCGAAGUUCUGGAUGGGAUGACUGCACUAGGGGAGGGGCCUCCGUCCAGAAACCUCGACCGCCAGCUCCACCUGCCUUGGCCACCAGGGUAGCCCCGGGGAAUCCGGGCUGCUGGGCAGCAGGUUGGCGGGACCACAUGCCUGGGUCUCACCCUCGGCCCCGAGGGCCGAGGGCUUUCCCCACCCCCCUCUCCUUCUGGCCGGCAGUCGGCCCUGUCUAUUCAUGUGCGCCAGCCUUGCCGGGGGGCCCCCAUGUGUGCCCCUUGGUCACAUGUAUCGUCUCCAAGGAUGUUUUGCUGCUGUGGCUACUAUGCCUGUGUCCCCUCCUGGCCCAUCCUCAUCUUCAUCUGUGUAACUGCCUGUCCUCCUUUUCUAGUUUCUGAUGUUUGUAACCAGACCCAGCUGUGUCAUUAAACAGACCUGUUCUUGCUGUA